CUGUAGUUCAUGUGACUUAUGCAUCUUAUUAUCUUAUGUGUAAUCCUUGUUACUUUUAACUUAUAGUUUUAUUAUAUAAAAAUGGGAAGCAGUAAAAAGAAAGAUAAAAAGAAGAAGAAGAAGAGAACUCGCGAUAGUGGAGAUGAUUCACCAGGGCGAAGUCGGGAUAGUGAAAGAAAACGUGAUGAUGCUCGCAAAAAAGAUUCUUACCGCAAGAAUAUUCCUCAAACAGAAGAGUAUGUAUACGACUAUAGUGGACAAGAAAUAGUAGGAGGCUCAAGAGAUAUAUCUCCUUCACCAGAGCAAGACUCGGAUGAUAAAGGUAGAUACAGUGAGAGAAAUAAAGAAAGGAGAUAUGAGAGAGGAUCAAACCGAAGGGACAGAUCACGAUCACCUUUACAGAAUGAUUACAGAAAAAGAGAGCUGACUCCUCCACCUCUGCCACCUGGAGUAGAUUGGCCUUUUGAAGGCAAAACUCGACAAAGCAAUGAUAAAGUUGAUUGGGAAAGCAAAGAUGAGCAAAACAGGGACCGGGAUUACCAGGAUGAGGUGGAUCGAAAAUAUAGGGAAAAAAAGAAAGAAGAAAUGAAAAGAAAUGAAGCACCUGAUACAACGUCAACAAAAGAAAGUUUAUCGCUAAGUAUAGAAGAAACCAACAAAUUGCGUGAAAAGCUUGGUUUAAAACCUUUAAAGAUGGAUUCUGAUUCUAAAGAUGGAUCAACAGAAGUAUCAUAUGCUGACAGAGAAGAUGUGCAUAAACCAGCUACAAAUAUUUCUGAGAAGAAAACCACAGAUAAGAUGCGAGAAAAAAUGGAAGCUAUCCGUGAAAAAAGAAGAAUACAUCAAAAACUGCAAAAAGUUAAAGGACUUGGUGACGAUGAUGAUCCUGUCAUUGACAGUGCUGCUGCCUGGGUUGUGAAAUCUCGAAUAAAAGAAAAAGAAAAAGAAUUAGCAGCCAUAAGGGCCAAAAUGUUGGAAGAAAUGGAUGAGGAGUUUGGGAUAUCAAGUUUGAUUGAAGAAACAGUUGGUAACAUAAAGAAAGAGCCUUUUUAUGGAUCAAAGGACUUAAAAGGCUUGACGGUUCAACAUAAGGGCAAUUCAUUUGCAGAAGGAUCAGAUGUGAUAUUGACAUUGGAGGACAAGGCAAUUCUUGAUGAAAACAAUGACGAUGUACUGAUAAAUGUAAAUAUAGCUGAAGAUGAGAGGACUAAAAAAAAUGUUGAAAACAGAAGGAAAAAGCCUGGGUACAAAGCAUAUGAUGAGGUAGAUGAAGAAACUGGCAUGCUAAAAGUUCGAGGUGUUUUGGAUAAGUAUGAUGAAGAGAUUGAAGGCCAGAAAAAAGAAUCAUUUAAACUUGAUCAUACUGGAAAGGCGGAAAUGGAUGGGGAAACAGAGAUGGACAAAAUUCGCGCCACAUUAAAAGCACAACAAGUAUCGUUAGAAAUGAGUGCACCACAGCUGGCAAGAGAAUAUUAUACUGAGGAAGAAUUGGUAAAAUUUAAAAAGCCAAGGAAAAAAAUCAGAAAAGUACGGAAGAGACAAGUUUUAAAGGCUGAUGAUCUUCUAAAGAUUAAUGUAGCUGAUUCUACUCAAGACAGAGGUUCACGAAAACAAAAAACUACGAAACCUUCAUUGUCACAAGGUACUCAGGGUGAAGAGGAUAUGGAUAUUGUUACUGCUGUUCCUGAUGAGUUAGAUUAUUAUGUUGCUGUAAGCCAGCAUGAAGAAACACCUUCAUUCGUAGAAGACGAUGAAGCAGAACAAGAAUUGCAACUAGCUCUGCAACGAUCAAGGCGAACAAAAGAAAAGAAGGGACACGAGAAUGACGAAGCUGACGCUGCAUUAGAAAAGAUAGCUUUGGAAGUAUUAAACAAACCGAAAGAAAAAGAUGUGGAAAUGGAACCACCAACAACUUCACGUUCUUCAAAGAAAAAGGGAAAAGGAAUGAUUGUAUUAGAUUCCACGUCAGAAUUUUGCCGAACUUUAGGAGAAAUCCCAUCGUUAGGUCCACCCAGUCAACCCAAGAGGGAGGAAGUUGUACCAGAUGAUGAUGUCGAGAUGGAAAUCGAGAAAUCUAGCAAAGGAGGCUGGGAACAAGUUGAAAUAAAUAAAGCGAAGUUGAAAAAAGUAGAUGCUAAAGAGGACGAGGAUGAGGAUGUCUUGGAAUCUGAACCAAUUCCAACCGGAAUUGUGGCAACACUUAAUCUCGCUAAUAUGAAAGGCUAUCUUAAAGAGGGCAAAGAAAAAGUAAGAAAAUUCGACCCGUUGAACCUACCUGAGACAAAAGCUGAAGUGGAUUUCGAAAAAUUAAGAGACGAAGAAAAGAAUAAAUAUUCUCGCGGUGGUUAUGAUAGAGACAGAUAUGAUCCUUAUGCAUUCAAAGAUAAAUCAAAUUAUAAACCAGACAUUAAGCUAGAAUACGUCGAUAAUAAGGGUCGCCAACUUAACCAAAAAGAGGCGUUUAGACUACUUUCGCAUAAAUUUCAUGGAAAAGGUUCUGGAAAAUUAAAAACAGAAAAACGAGCAAAGAAAAUACUGGAAGAAAAGAAACUUCAGAAGAUGAGUUCGAUAGACACACCUUUAAAUACCGCUUCCAUGUUCAAAGACAGACAGAAACAAAGCCAGUCAGCGUAUCUUGUAUUAAGCGGAGGUGGAAAGAAUCUUCUAACGGGGGCUGCUACGCUAAAGAAAUAACGAAGACGAGUUUUCUAACGAACGAAUAUGGAAAACAAAAUGUCACCAGAUUACGAGUAUUUCCAUUUCUUUACAUUUUAAACGUUGAUACGCAUCUACAACAGUGUAACAUAUUUCAGCAUGUACAGCUAUUACCACUGUUGACAUCGCGUGAUGUGAAUAAUUCAUGUUUCCAUAAAAA